AUGAAUUUCACAAAUUGCACCACUGAAGCCAAUGUGGCUGCAAAGCCAAAAACAGUAACUGAAAAGAUGCUUGUUACUCUGACCUUGGCCACAAUCACAACCUUGACUAUGCUGCUGAAUUCUGCUGUAAUCGCAGCAAUAUCCACAACCAAGAAGCUCCACCAGCCGGCAAAUUAUUUAAUAUGUUCACUAGCUGUGACUGAUCUCCUUGUUGCUGUUCUCGUCAUGCCCUUGAGCAUCACUUACAUAAUGAUAGAUAAAUGGACUUUGGGAUACUUCAUCUGUGAGAUCUGGCUUAGCGUUGACAUGACCUGUUGCACAUGUUCAAUCCUUCAUCUGUGUGUCAUUGCUCUGGACAGGUACUGGGCAAUCACAGACGCUAUUGAAUAUGCCAGGAAAAGAACGGCGAAAAGGGCUGGGCUGAUGAUAGUCACCGUGUGGACUAUCUCCAUUUUCAUAUCAAUGCCCCCUUUGUUUUGGAGGAAUCACCACAGCGUCAAUAUUCCCAGUGAGUGUCGCAUUCAGCACGAUCAUGUCAUCUACACUAUUUAUUCCACAUUUGGGGCAUUUUAUAUCCCCUUGACUUUGAUCCUGAUCCUGUACUACAGAAUUUACCACGCUGCAAAGAGCCUUUACCAAAAGCGGGGUUCAAGCCGCCACCUCAGCAACAGGAGCACCGACAGCCAAAACUCCUUUGCCAGCUGCAAGCUUACACAGACGUUCUGUGUCUCGGACUUCUCCACAUCUGACCCGACCACAGAGUUCGAUAAAAUCCAUGCGUCUGUGAGGAUCCCUCCUUUCGAGAAUGACCUGGACCUGGCUGGUGACCGGCAGCAGAUCUCCACGACACGGGAACGAAAGGCUGCUCGCAUUCUGGGGCUGAUUUUAGGUGCUUUCAUUUUGUCCUGGUUGCCCUUUUUCAUCAAGGAGCUGCUUGUGGGCCUCCACAUUUGCACUGUCUCUCCAGAAGUAGCAGACUUCUUGACCUGGCUGGGAUAUGUCAACUCCCUUAUCAACCCUUUGCUGUACACUAGCUUUAACGAAGAUUUCAAGCUGGCCUUUAGAAAGCUCAUCAGGUGUCGAGAACAUACUUAA